UCGAGGAAACUUUUCCAAGUGCUUAGCUGGAGUGUGUAGAGUAACUUAGAGAAUGUUUAAUUUCAUUAUUAUUACAAAAGUCUGAAAAGUUUCUAAACUAGUUGCUAACAAAAAUAUUUCUAAGUGUUGUUUGUAGUUAUUCUCCCUUGUUUUAAACUAGUAGUAAUAACUGGUAAAUAACUAGCAGGUUAGCCUUGUCUUUGUUAUUUUGUUUGGAAACAUCAGCUUUUUUUAUUUUUUUUUAAAUCUUAUUGUGUUCUAAAGUUGUGUUCAAACAGGUUUGUAAGAAUCUCGUCAACAAAAUUGAUCACUUCUGGACGUUGUCAUGUGCUAGCUGAGUUAGCUAAACGCCAAUGAAUAAGAAGCAGAAGUUUGCAGUUUUUCACUGAGUCAUAGUUUUAGGGAUCUGUGUGAGGAUGAAGGUUAAAACCUGACUGAGUGUGUUGGAGUGUGUGGAGCUCCAGCGAUGUGCAGGCUUCUCCGUUACUGCUUCAGCCACACGCUUUACGCCGCUAUGAGCCGACUGGAGGAGCUUCGCACCGGGGUGAGUGUGUGGUCGCUCAUCCGAUACCUGGGCUAUCUGUCUAAUCUUAACCUCCUCGUGGCGAUAUGCCUGGGUCUGUACACACGCUGGGAGAGCACAUCAGAAACUGUCCUUCUGGUCAUCUUCAUCCUGGCCCUUUUUGUCCUGGGUAUAGCCAGCAUUCUGUACUACUACUUUGGUAUGGAGAGGCUCAGUUUCAUGCUCUUCCACCUCUGGCUGGGGUUCCUGCUGGGUUUGCUUGGGUUUCUCAACAAGCCUUCUGUAAAUGACUUAAAGGAGCAGGUCAGCCUUUACAUGCUGAUAGCCAGCAUGGCCAUUAGAGCGCUCUGGGCUUUGGUGGAAAGAAUCUGCGGAUGCAGCAGACAAAGGCCAGCACUUUUGACCUCUGCGGAGACGCUGGAGCUGGCGGGUUUUGCCGUGGCCAGCACUAUGCAGGUGGUCCAUGCCUCCACGAGCCUCAUCGCCCUGGUCCUGGCUGCUGCUGCGCUUCUCGUGGACUUGCGGAUGAAGUCCUUCCUGGCUCUUCCUAACCUCAUCUGCUUCUCUGUGGUCACGGCGCACUUCUUCUUCAACUCUCUUAAUGUUCCCACGAACCUCUUCGCGCUGGUGUGCUUCUUCAUCCGCCUUGUGUGCGAGCCAGUCUUGGAUAUGUACUUCGGCGGGCUCUCCGUGACCGAACGCUGGUCCCCGCUUCUGAGGAGAGGAGGUCUGUCGAGGCGUCUUAGUCUCCUGCCUCUGCUUGCUGUUGAAAUCACGUUCCUGGUUCUGGCUGCUUUCAAGAUCAGCGAUCUGGACCGGUGGUACGUGGUGAUCCCGGGUUUUUCUGCCUCCAGUGUUUUCUGGAUCAUCUGCCAUGUGGUGUUCCUGGUUACCCUCUGGGGAUUCCACAGCAAGCUGAGUGACUGCCAGAGGGUGUGUGUGGCUCAGAGGGCCAGUCCCGGGGCACUGGAGAGAGUGAUGACCUCCAAAGGCAUGCGCCACUUCUGCCUCAUCUCAAAGCGUUUGGUGCUCUUCAGCCUUGUGUCCACUGCUGUUCUUGGGGCUCUUUCAUGGCAGCCUUCAAACAGCCUGUUUAUUGCUGUGUUCCUGCUGGUUCUGCCUCUCGAGUCUCUGGCUUACGGGCUUUUCUACGAGCUGGGUAACUGCCUAGGAGGAACGUGUGUAGGUUAUGCGGUGGUCAUCCCUACCAACUUCUGCAGUGUGGAUGGACAGCCCACCCUGCUGCCCCCGGAUGAGGUGCAGGAGCUGAAUAUGCGCACCAUGGGCAUGCUAAACAACAUACAGCGCUUCUUCUCCCAGCACAUGAUGGACUCUCACGGCUGUGAUUACUCCAGCAGCGGCGUGACACGGGACACUUUGCGCUCUAAGCUCCGCUCCUUCCUGGAGGCGCACACUUCGGACGGGCCGCGCUACGACACGUACAUUCUGUUCUACAGCGGCCACACGCACCGCACCGGGGAAUGGGCUCUCUUAGGUGGAGAAGUCGUGCACCUGUCCGAGCUUGUGCAGAUGUGGAAGGAGAAGAACGAUGGUUUCUGUUCUCGUCUCAUCGUCGUACUUGACACGGACAACUCUCUACCAUGGGUGAAGGAGGUGUGCAAAGUUGAGGAGUUUUACGUAGCGGUACAAGGGGCUACACUGGUGAACUCGAUGGACGUUGAAGUCCAGAACCUGCCUCAGAUCGGAGAUUUCACCGCCGACUGGGUGGAGUUCAACUGCAACCCCGACAGCGCUGUGCGCUGGUCCGAGCAAGGCCGGGUCGUCAUGGCAACCUACGGCAUCUCCAGACAGUGGGGGGAUUACAAGCUGCAUCUGCCUACGGCAAGCGACGUCGCCAAUCACUGGAAGCUGUACUUCCCGCGCUGGACGUAUCCCGUAGUGCAGUUGGCACACUGGAGCAUCUCCCUGAACUUGUUCUGGAUUUGCAGCGUAUGUCUACGCUUCCUGCGCAGACUCAAACUGACUUGGUUUCCUCCUGCCAUGCUCGAUACCGGCCAGGGCUUUAAACUGGUCAGGUCGUAGAAACGGACUCUGUAUGUGUGUGUGUGCACCCCUUUCUCACUGUUAUCAUGGAAAUACUUUAGCGAUUUAUUAGCACUUGUCGAAUGUGAAAUUGAUCUGAUAAACCCUUAGCAAUAACACUUUUUUUUUUUUUGUAGUUUAAGUAUGCUUCGCUUGAUCUCGGGAAUGGGCAAGAGUGUUUUGUGGGUGUGUGUGGAUUUUUACGGCUAAAAAGAAAAAACUGAGUGAAUAUGAGGCAUAUCUCAUACCACAGAGGAAAUUUAUAGUUUUAAAGCAAAAAACGGCAGCACUGCAAUGCAAUUGAGACACACGGGUCGUUAUAGCAACCGUGCAUGAGUUUAUAUUUAACUAACAAUAGCGUUACUGAUACAAAAAUCUAUUACUUAACCCUUUAUAAACCAUUUGUAACACUCCCUCAGGGAUAGGGAUCAGUCCCUAAAAGUCAACACUCGGAGUGUUUAACGCAAUCUUAGUGCAUUUAAUGAGCUUAUACGUACUGUACGUACAGUAGAUCAGGCUGCACCAUCAGUACCACCGUUUUCAUUACUGUACAGUAACAUUGUCACAUGCUUUUGCUCGAAAGCUGUUUUCACGAAUCUGAGGACGGUUAUAGCUACAACACAUUACAGUAUGACUGAGAAGAUAAUAACGUUCAUGGUCGAGGUUACAAGAUCACUCAGGUCACCAAUCCUGAUCCAAAGAUAUAUAUGAUAUUUAUAUUGAUGUGUUUUGGAAGAAAAGAAAAAAAAAGAAUUGACCAAACAGCAUUUUUUUUCCUCCUUUUGAUAUAAAAAUUUUGAUAUUUAUUCUUUACCUCAUGCCUACAGUAAAUUGAGCUUUAAGUGUAAUUUAUUAACACUGUGCUUUUGCAUUGAUCUAAUCUAAAAUGUCGCUGCACAAAGUUCUUUUAUGACAAAGAUUAAUCCUGAACUAGUCUCACGAUAACUGGCUUUUUUAUUAUUAUAAUUAUUUUUUUUUAAAUAUAAGUGCCUUUUUACGGCUGAGACUUCUCCAAGAGGCCAGACUUUCUAUCACAGUGACCCGUUUAAGUAUGCGAGGGUGAGUCAAAAAUGAUCCGCACUGCACUUCUUUUCUUAUCACAGUGCUCUCUGUUUAAGGCUACAGUCUCUCUAGCCUAAAACAUUUUUAAAGAGGGAUUAUGAAAGCUUGUUGACGGGUGUACAAAGUGUAUAAAAGCAAGAAGAAUAUGCCAAAACGUAUGUGUUUGUCUUUCCUAAAAGUUAACAAAAUAAGUACUAAAGCCAGAGUGCGGAUCAUUUUUGAUUCACCCUAGUGAUAAAUCAGAUUACCUCAGAGAUGUCAGUGAGGCUAACUUGAACAAAGAUAAUUACUAUAAUAUCUGUUAACUUGUUCAAAUUGCAACAGGGUGAUUUUGAAGUGGAAUUUUUUGUUUUCAUUACAUGCAUGAAAGGACAUUAGCCUUAAUAUAUAUUUUUUUUUAAGAAUCAGAAAUAAACAUACUCUUUUCUUUCAA